CCUUUCCAAAAUAUUUUCAUCCUUCAUAGCAUUUCGAGUGAAAUUCUGAUUGAGAGACAAAAGUGAUCUAUCCUUUGUAUUUUUAUUUGUCACUAAGCCCUCAACCCUCAUUUCUCUCGCCGUCGCCCAUCUUGACAUCUUCGCUCUCCUUACCUUUUCGAGUCUCCGGUACCUCAUUUGUCUCGCCGUAGUGCGAUCUCGGUCCAGUCUCUGGCAUACACAGCAAGAUAAAAUCACCAGAUAUUUGCGUUAAAAGCAUCAGGGUUUGCGAUGAUAAUGAAGCGCUGAUAUUUGCCUCCAAAUCACUCUCACUCAGAAAUUUCCAAAACAAAUAGUUGUUGAUGAUUUGUCGACAUGAAGAAGUUGUUAGAUUUUGGGAGGAAAGCCCUUUUUUAUGUCAGGGUGCUUUCUGGAUAUGAAGAGCGAAGAAUACGAUCUUAUAGGCUGCAGCUUGAGCAACGCGUACAACAGUACAAAAUCGUCUUCUCCAAGGGAACACUUUGAAAAGCCACUUUCUUCCCAAGGACGCUCACUCUCUAGCUGCAAUGCUCAACCUUUCUUGUUGCACAAUCCUCUCUCUCUCUCUCUCUCUCUCUUGUUGGUACAAGCAAGGAAAGCGGCCAUAAAUAAAGUACCUGAGCAGAUUAUUUUAUCCGAGGUUCGGCGAAUGGUUGAUGAGAUGAAAGCUUUGAAUAAGAAGCUGGAAGAAACAGAGACAGCCAUUGAAGACUAUUUCAAGCCUCUAGACAAGGAAGCUGAGAUUAUAAUGAAAAUGCAAAUACAAGGGGAAGAGAGAACUUCAGAGAUUAUGAUGCAGGCACUGGAGAAACAAGCUACGCUUCAACAAGCUGAAGCUGAAAAAAAUGCUAGUAAGCAUCAAGUUAACAAUGCUGAAACCAAUAUGAAUGAAUCUGAGAUGAUGGAAGAAGAGAAAACUUUGACGGAGAUGUUGAAAGCACUGCAACAAGAAGUUUUGCUUGAGAAAGCUGAUACUGAAAGUGAUGUUAAUGCGCAUCAAGCAGACAAUUCUCCUAUCAACUUGAGCUCAGCAUCUACAACCACUUCUAAAUGAAGUUGAGAUUAUUUUGAAACAUUGGUGAUUCCUGAUUUUUAUUGUCUAGCUAUGAAUUGCAUUUCAGCUUGCCUCCUGAAAUGUCAAUCAUCCUUGGCGAAUUCAACUAACCAAGGCAGGACUAGGGCAUAUUUGUAGUUUAUUUGUUUUACUAAUUUUAUUCAACAAUGUUUUCAUCUUUUUUAGGAAUGAUCAAAAUUAUCAGUUUUUUCAUGAGAUAUGGUUAAUUAAUAAACUUUAAAAUGAA